AUGAAUGUUGUGUUUGUGUUUCAGUACCCCAACCUGCACAUCAUUGGGAAUCUGCCCUUUGGUGUGUCGACUCCUCUCAUUAUAAAGUGGCUGGAGCAGAUAUCGAACAGAACUGGGUGCUUUACGUUUGGACGGACAAGGCUUACGCUGACCUUCCAAAAAGAGGUGGCUGAAAGGUUAACAGCCAGCACAGGAAGCCGUCAACGCAGCCGCCUGUCUGUCAUGGCUCAGUAUCUCUGCACUGUCAAAAACUGUUUCACCAUCCCAGGAUGUGCCUUUGUUCCAAAACCUAAAGUGGAUGUGGGGGUGGUGCACUUCACUCCGCUGGCUCAGCCCCAGAUCCAGCAGCCCUUCAAGCUGGUCGAGAGGAUUGUCAGGAACGCCUUCCAGUUCCGGAGGAAGUACUGCCACAGAGGGCUCGAGAUGCUGUUCCCAGAGUCUCAGCGUCAAGAACUGACGGAAGAGUUGCUGCGCAGUGCUGAUGUGGAUCCCACACUGCGGCCCACAGAGAUCUCUAUUUCUGAAUUCAGGGCUUUAGCAGACGCCUACAGUAAGCUUUGCGAGGAGAACCAAGGCCUCAUCGACUAUGAUUUCAGAGAAGAACUCAAACUCAAGCAUCAGGCAAAGAGACAAUUUGGCAACAAACGUAAAGUUCGGAAUCUUCACAACUCGAUAGAGGAAAAUAUUAAAGACAACCACUAAUGCAGCAGUCUCCCUUUUCACGGUGACCGUUUAACCAGCAGGCAUGUAUUAUUUUUUGCUCUUGAAUGGAUGUAUGUAGAAGACUAGCCAGCAGUGAGGUAAAUGAAGCAUCAGCUGAAAAAAAAAACGCAUUGAGUGUGACAUUUAAGCAUUCUGCGAGGGCGAAGAAAAGCUUUUAGAAAACGCAAGGGGAUCAAAAUAAAGUUAUGGGAGAUAUGGUUUGAGAACACUGAAUUAUCACCAUAAAGCUAUUUUGUAGGUAGGAAGGAAGGAAAAUUACGUUAAUUAAUAUCAGUUCCUAGCCACCAUCGCUGUAUUGAACUGAGGAAGACAGGGUUUCCCAGAAAACCUGUCAUAUCAUGAAACAGCUUUGGGGAUGCUUUAAUCAUUUUACAGCUAGAGGCUGACAACCAUCUGUCAGAGAAAAAAAAAAAGUUUGACAUUGUUACCUAAAUAUAAUUUGACUUUGAUGAAUAAAUAAUUUUUCCUAGACUUUUUAAUGUGUGGUAAUAGGAUUUGAGUUCUUUGUGUCCCCGAGACAUGUCUGUUAUCUUCAUAUUGUUCAAAUCCAGUGUUGAAAGCAUGA